AUGAAGGCCGACUGUGCGCAAAUCGGCGUGUGGGAACGCGGCGAAGUGGAGUUCAAGCUUAGAAAUGUUCGGGAGGGACGGCGUAUUGCCUAUGAGCUCGGCGGUUACCGAGGGGUCCGUGAUGAAUUAUUGACGAAGAUUAAAGAUGGUAGAGUGUUUGGUGAGAAGAGUGGUAUUGCUAAGGUGACCAGAGCCUCUGGGGAGGUCAGUCUAGCAGACACGGAGAACACUAUCAAACAAAGGCUCGAGAUACGCUUUGGCGACGGUGGGACGAAGUCCAUGCGGUGUUUGCCGAUUGAGGGGACGAACGGUCUGCGGGCAUCCUAUGGGAACUUCCUGUUACAAGCCAAGUGUAGUGGCCUUUUCACGGAGCUACUGUUUGAGGAUGAGAUUAGUAUGAUGGCAUUCGCUGUGGAGUGGGCAGGAUACAGACCGAUGGAG